AUGGCCAGGGCAGCCAAGCCGGGGAAGAGCAAAGGACUGAAAGGCAGAAGGAGAGUGCCUGGCAAGAGCAGCAAGGCUGUGGUCAAGAAGCAGCAGAAAGUCCGAAAGCGCACUGCGAAGCAGAAGGCGCGAAAGAAUUCCGCGGUGGAUGACUUAGCAGACAGAUUGGCCAAAGUGAGCAGCCCAGCAGCUUUUACAGAAGCGGCUGGAAGCAGAGAAGCAAAGAGAGCGGGCCGGAUGCAGGUUGACACCCCAGCGAAGGAGGGGCCCUCUGCUGGCAAGGCCCUGUCGCGCGAGGAGCUGAAAAGAAAGCUGAAAGCAAAGCUGGCUGGGCAUGCCCUGGAUCGCACACAAGGUCUGGAGAAAGGCCAAGUGGACAGCAGCGGACUGAAGAAGAAAACGGCAGCCGCUCCAAGCAGCAAGCAGAAUAUGGAUGUCAGCUGA